UCAAAAAGAGUAACAAAAAAGCUAAGAAUUGAUAAAAUGGCUGAACAAGUGAAGUUGUUGGGACAUUGGGCAAGUCCUUUUAAUUGCAGAGUUGAGAUUGCCCUAAAAUGGAAGGGCAUCGAAUACGAAUUCAUCCAAGAAGAUCUCCAGAACAAGAGUCCUCUUCUUCUCAAGUGCAACCCUGUUCACAAGAGGAUCCCAGUGUUCUUGCACAAUGGAAAGCCAAUUUGCGAGUCGCUUGUCAUUCUUGAAUACAUUGACGACACCUGGAAAGGCAAUCCCAUCUUCCCCAAAGAUCCCCAUGAGAGAGCUAUAGCGCGUUUCUGGGCCAACUUCAUAGAUGAGAAGUGCUUGCCUGCAAUAAAGAAGGCUUGUUUUACCAAAGACGAUAAGGGCAUUGAAGAAACAAUUGAGCUCCUGAAAACACUAGAAGCCCAACUGAAUGAUAAGAAGUUUUUUGGAGGAGACAGUGUUGGUCUAGUAGACAUUGUCGCAAACUUGAUCGGAUAUUGGCUUGUAGUGAUUCAAGAAGCAGUGGGAGUAGAGGUAUUGACAGAAGAGAAAUUUCCCAGACUCUACAAAUGGAUCGAAGAGUAUGUCAGUUGCUCUGUCAUCAAAGAACAUCUGCCACCCAGAGAGAAACUACUGGCCUUUGCCAAAGCAACUUACAACAAUCAGUAGUUUUUUUUUUAAACAUUUUUUCAUCAAAAAUAAAAAUAUGCAGUUUCGAAUU